AUCUGAUUCUGGUUCUGAUGCCACUGCCGCAGCCUCGAUGUUAGAGGCGUACGAGACAGCAGUGCACCUCGCGAGACAAGACGGCGAAGACGAUGGCCACAUCUACGAGACCGAGUUCUACACCGAGUGGGUCGCCUGCAAAAUGCAUUUUUUGCAUUUGGUCAUCCUCUUCUCGCUUCAGCUUUUAGGACGUUUUUGCGACCUGUCUUUCAUGUCCACAAUCGUCGCGUGGAGAAUGACGAUCGACUUCUACAUGAAGGAACUUCUUUCCGCGGGAGCUGUAAAGGCGCUGGAGAAGUGGGUCAAAACGCGCUGGGGAUCAGCAGGGAAAUCCCUGGAGAAGCUGUGGCUACAGAAGCAGAAACUUCUCGAGAAGUUCGAAGCCCUUCAAAGCGACGCCACUUUUAAUUAUGGUUGGCGUAAUUUUAUUUCUAAUUCUAAUUUUAAUUUAUACUUGAGCAUGAGUUUGUAUUUGAGCAUGAACUUUUAGUGCUGGUUCGUUGUAUACGAAUAUACAAGACGCUUAUACUAAUAUAUUUAUAUUAGAGAUAGAGAGUCUUUCCGAAUAAGGAUAACUUAUGACCUUAUCGAGAGUCUUUACUUUUACUUUUUUAUUUGCUUUAGCUAAUAGUUUUAGGUUCCUCCAUCGGCGUCGCCAUCUUUUCUCUAUUAUUAUAUAGUUGUGAUGUUUUAUAAAACUUUUACUUCUGGGUCGUAACUCGUAGUUAAGAGUUGCCAUAUACUUGCAGUGUCGUCAUCUAUUAGUUAAGAGUAAGAAUCUAGUAUCGGUAGGGCCCUGAUUUAUAUCUGUAUCCACAUCUUGACACAAUCUAUUAGAUUUGCACUUUGACGCGCUCCCUAUAGAAUUUUUUUAUAUCUCUCUCACUCCUCAGGCCCUAUUAUUUUCAAGGAAGUCUACGAGAUUUCUAACGUUCGCCAGCAAAACGAGGCAGGGCCUAUUUCAAGAAGGCAGCAGCAUCUCUGCCAGAGCUUGGGUCGAACUUUUGGGAAGUUCUUGAGGUUGCAGUUCUAGUCGUGCGACCGCUACAGCACCACGUGCUUUCUCUACAGUCGUUUAUGCUGCGACUCCGGACAAACUUUGGGCUUGCGAUGUGCACACGACUACGCAUGGCGAACCUGUUCUAUGACUUGGCCCGCUUCCUCAGACUAUUAGGCACGCCAGGUGCUAGGGUGGCUAUGCUCUGUGCAGCUGUUGGCGUUUCUUGGAAAAUGUAUAUACGGGAGUCGCAGCAACGUCGUGACGCUUGGAAACUAAUAGAUCUGUUCGCAAAGGACGACAAGGCGCGAGCAGCAGCAGCCCGCUUCAUUUUGAGCUACAGCGGUCCAUCCAGAUUCAUCAAGAUGAUAAAGCGGGACUUCCCUCGAGAGUUGGCAGGACUGUGUCGCGCUGAAAAUCCUGAGCACCGCAUCUCUCCGAGGCUCUUCGCCGAAGUGGGGCCUUUCGUGUUUUCGCUCGGUCCUUCAGCGCAGAGGGUUGAGAGUUUGCACUCAACCUUCAAAGCUAUUAGGAAAGAAGCUCCUGCCAUCGCCUUGCCGUUGUUGUUCGAUCGGAUGAUUAUUAGGAGGAACCGAUCGCUGCGCCCUAGAGAGUUCGGACUGCUGUACCAGAUCAAGGAUAAGCGCUUCAAGCAUCGUCUUCCUGCUUCUCUUGGGGAAGGAGCCGUCCCGCGCCGCGCUUGCUUGUACAUGGUUGCAGCACUAGCAGACCUUGAGCAUCUUCGUCGGCUGAAAGGUGUUGAGAGGAUCGGGCAGGAUGCUCUGCGUGGACUUGAUAAGCAGCCUGCGAGUGGAGCUAUUAGUAGGUUGGGAGCGUUUUCUCUCAAGCAUGCAGACCUGAUAAGACUUCGAUAUGGUUGUGGUUACGAACAUGGCAAAAAGCUUGGCGUCGAUUCUGCUGGAGGGCCAGCGACUACUACUAGUACCACGAAAAGCAAGGGCAAGGGCCAAGCGAAAUCAAAAGCCAUGCCAAAGAAAGCAAUGAAGCGGGCGGCAAAGUCAACUGCCAAGGCUAAGGCGAAGGAGCGUCUGCUGCCGGUGGAAGAUGAAUCAGAGGAAGCACUGGGAUUGGCACAGGAACAAGAGGUGGAGGACGAGGAGCAGACGCAGGAGGAUUUGCAAAAAAAACGUUAUGGGCGUGAGUUCCGUUGAUGAUGAUAUCGAAGGGUAAACAUGCAAAUAUCAUAGAUAUUGAACCGCCACUACCUACUGGCUGUGCCGUACUGUGUACAUUUUUCGACUUCAGUAAAAUGAAAAUCAUUUAUUUUAUCUCAUUCGUUAUCUAAGAUCUGUUUGCUUUUUUUGUAUGAAAGUGCUUUUGUAUCUCGGAGUUUUGAUUAUAUAGAUAUAUACACUUAUUUAUCGCUACUAAUAUUAGUUUAUCUGUUUCUUUGCAUUGCGAUCUUGUGUCUGAGAUCGUGUUUGAUUCUGGUCAUCUGUUGGUAACGUGUUCAUGUGAUUGGGGUACUGAUAGUACUAGUAGGAGUAGGACCUCCCGGCGCUGGUAAUCACAGCUAUUAGAUUGUUGUAAGCUACCUCCAUCUCCGUCGUUCUUCCUCGUAUAGUUAUCAUAUUGCAUCUGAAGCUAUUAGUUCUACUACUACAUCUACAAGUAGAAAAUCAAAGCUACUAUCUGUAGAACUACCUCAGAUUUUCAUUUUGGGUUUGGAAGUAGUUGCACUCCCCUACCCUUUCUUAUCUUUCAUUCUCGGCCUGCGCCAGCAUCAGCAAAGGAGAAAGAGAAAAAGGAGCUCCGAUUCGAUGCGAGGAGCAGCGUCGAGUGGGAUGAGCAUUGGUGGUUUGUUUUUGACAUCCGAAAAACUAAUGCGGUUCUCUGUCGUGCUAACCAGUCGGGCACAACCCCGAACCUAGACGCCUUCGAGUUUCAGACUUUUGGCGAGGACCCCGGCUCCGGGCAGGACCAUGUUUGGUUGUCGGAGCUAUUAAUGUUUCAGGAGUUUCGCAGUGCGUACAAAGCUGAGCAAGAAAAACGUCGGAAAAAAUUGCUGGAGGAGCGACAGAAGCGUUUGCAGAGCGCCGCAGAAGCACAAGCAGCUCGCGCACGCCAAAAUCAAUCAUCCAGUGCGGCCGCCAAUCAAGACGCCAUGGACGUGGAUCCCUUUGAUCUAGAUGCGCUUGGACCUCCACUUGCUCACGCGGAUGCAGAGGCAGAUGUUGGAGCUGGAGGCACAGGCAGUGGGCUCCAGGACCAGGGAGGCGCAGCCUCUGCUCCUGAUUCUGAGCCUGAUAUGUCCGAUUGGUAUGUAGAGCUUGAAGUUGCCAGACCAACGGACGCGCGAUGCAUUUGCAGUGGCGAUGUCUUUGCACAGGCUCCCGACAUUAUUCGGAAAAAGGUGCUGAUGGCGGACUUGCUGCCACCCAUAGCGAAAUCUAAUAAACGGAAGCGGACAGCAGCAGAGAGGCUUCUGGCAUCCAAGCGCGCUGCUGCAACCGAAAAGCAGAAGCGCGCAGUUUGGGAGACGAAGUGGUCUGCGAUAAACGAAAACCUUGGCGCAACGCCGGAACUGCCUAACUCGCUUCCUAUGAGGCCGGACGUCUAUAUUGUGCUGGUCCGUCCGUCUAGUAAGAAGAAGAACUUGCAGUGGCAGCUCAGGGUUCCGCUAAUAGGAAUCGAUCAACAAGGACAAGGUCCUCAUCCUCCUCAGGCGAAGGCCAAAGCAGCGAGGAAGGCUCCGAAAGUCUUCAACAGCUACAGCAAAGUUUGCGCGUCGACGAGGGCGUGCGAUAUCGAAAGAGCGCGGAUCGGGGUGAUACAAGAGGCCUGCUUCGAACUCGGAGCUCCAUUUGUCGAGGCGGACGCAUCGGAGAAAAUCAAGGCUAUGCAGCUGUGUUCUGAUCUUGUCAAAAUGUGGAGGCGGGAGCAGGGUAUCAAAGAUGACACUGAUGGACAAACAGACCAAGUUAGCAUGCGCGUCCCAGAGGAUGGGCCACUAUUCGACGGCGACACAGAAAGCGAGUGGACUGAUGACCAAGAUGGGGUGUCGGUAGUGGCGGACUCAGGAUUCGAAUCAGAUCAAGGGCUAGAUCCAGAUGAGGUGGGGGAUGUGGAUGAUUUAUUUUUCUCUGACCAGGAGGAUGAUCUCCUGGCUGACGAUUAA